AUGCACUUCAUAAUUCAGGACAUUGAGAAGACAGCCCUGCUCUCUGAGUAUGUCAAUCUGCUUGUCACUGAGAUGGAACCUGAGGCAGCAGACCAGGAAAUGCGGGAUUUUGAGGUGCAGGUUGACCUGGCUGAGAGGGAGCAGCAGAAACCCUCUUCUGAGAAGGCAGUGAAGAGAGAUUUUGAGGUGAUUAUCAUCUCAGAUGAGAAAAAGAAGAAGGAGAAGAAGAAUGAGAAGUGA